UCGUCAAUUGCGAAACUGUAGAAAACUUUUUCGAUUCUCUGCAAUUUCCAGGAGGAGCGUCUUUUUUUAAUUUAUUUAUUUACCUCGUUCGUUUAUCCUGUCUCGAUUUUCUGUCAAACUGAAAGUUAGACUCGGCAUCACUACUCAAUGGCGAAGGCUUUGAACCAGACUGGUUUGGUUUCCACUUGGCACGACGAUGUGCAGCAACAUCUCCGCAAAAUUUCUUUAUGCCCAAAGAUUCUUAGCUAUGAUUCUUGUGUUUCUUGCCCUGUGAAAAGGUUUCCUUCUCUGAAACUAAAAUCCCAGGCUGUCAGAUCUCCCUCCUCUUCGUCUUCUGAACUCUAUGGCAAAAAACUGGUGUUUCACGAGUCUGCUCGCGUGCCUGGCAGAGGGAAAUCUCUCUCUCCGUCUUCGUCGGCAGCUCAGAUGACCCUUGGAAUUGGUAAAGCUCAGAAAUGGUGGGAAACAGGGCUUCAACCAAAUAUGAGGGAGGUGACUUCGGCCCAGGACCUUGUGGACUCCCUGUUAAACGCGGGGGACAAGCUGGUGGUUGUUGAUUUCUUUUCUCCUGGUUGUGGUGGUUGCAGAGCUCUCCAUCCUAAGAUAUGUCAACUGGCAGAGAUGAAUCCAGAUGUUCAAUUCCUUCAAGUGAAUUAUGAGGAGCAUAAAUCUAUGUGUUAUAGUCUUAACGUCCACGUCCUUCCCUUCUUCCGCUUCUACAGAGGCGCCCAUGGUCGUUUAUGCAGCUUUAGCUGUACUAAUGCCACGAUCAAGAAGUUCAAAGAUGCAUUAGCCAAACACACCCCGGAUAGAUGCAGCUUGGGCCCAACCAAAGGAUUGGAGGAGAAAGAGCUCUUGGCUCUGUCUGCCAACAAGGAUCUGUCAUUCACUUACAUACCAAAACCAGAUGAAGUCAUGCAUGAAGCCCCUGCACAGACAGCUCCUCCUGGUUCGCAGCCCCUUCCAUUAACUUCAUUGAACCCCAAGUCCUGCGAAGUGCACAAGGAGAGAAGUCUGAGCACUGCUGGGCGUUGAGGCGGUGAAUUUGUGAACAUGCCUCAUCUCUUGAUUACAAGCCUUGUACAGUGUAUCUUUAGCGUAUAAUCUCGUAGCAGUAAAAGUGAAGGUGUUUUUUUUUGUUUUUGGUUUUUUUUUAUAGCCAACAAAGGUGAAGUUGUUAUUUGUUCCCCCCUGGCUGCUUCAGGCUGAUGGAUUUGUAUGUUUUUUUUCCCUGAGAUCCCAGCCUGGUUGGUGAUAUGAAUUGUAAUGGGAAUAGCAGUGUGCUGUACAAUGUCAAAUAGUGCUAUGUUCUGUGAUGUUUGUGCUGGUACAAGAUUGCAUAUCCUUCUACUUUCCAAUAGACGAUCCUACUUUUGUUA